AUGGCAGACCUGCAAUUUGCCUCGCGCGUUCUUGUCACUGUAAAUGAUUCAAAUACAGUCCGUGCACCCACUACAGAUAUCCUUUUACCUGCCUUCUUCAUCCUCGGACGCCAUUCCCAGCUCUUCUCGGCUGAUGGCUGGGGCCUCCAUACCUUCGGUCUGAUUUGCGAACGCCUUGGAAAGCUUGAACAGGAUGUAGAAUACAUAAAUUGUGCAAUUACUCUCCUAGAAACAGCGUACGAAGAGAAAGAGGACCCCAUAGUCGAAUGCCAAUUCGUCAUCGCACGCACCAAUGUCUACUUCCUGAAGAUGCAGGGGCAUGAAUCACAGUUUCUACGCUUGCGAUCUCAAUACGGGCCAGAGUUAGCGCCAUUCAAGAUGGGGGAUCUUCAGGCCACUAUGGUGACGCUCCAAGCUGCUUUGGAAAGCGCCCCUGACGAUCGUGUCCUUCGAGGACAGGUCACUAUUCUACUGACGCAGACGAUGUGGGCGAUUAGGACGCCCGAGUUCCGUGAGUCUGCGGACGGCUUGUUACUUGAUUGCAUCACCUCCACCCCAGGAAAUUUGAUGGCGAUCAACACUCCAGCUGGAAUGGGGAUACUCGCUGAAGGCGAUGGGCUAGUUGAUGCCGCGCUCUCAGAAAUUCCGUCACUCCCCGUGGAACAGAGACAUGAGCUCGAUCCUCGAAGACGUGUUGGCACAUCUCUUCAUGUAACAUUAUCUUGGACUGGUACGAACCCAAGUCUUGAAUUGUUGAGUGCACGAUCCUGA